GUAUUUGUAGAUGGACAGAGAAGUGUGACAUCACUGAGCCUUCUGUAGAUAUAAGUAGUGAAGCUGAGAGAGUUUGUCAGACUGAAGGAGAAGCAGCAGUUUGUCUCUGUUUCCUCUGAAGGUGAAGACACAACAUCUCUUCAGUUUGACCUGCAGACAGAUCCACAUCAGGACUUUGAUCACCUCAUUUCAGCAGAAACCUGACAAUGAAGAUGAUUCCACUCCUCAUCCUCCUCUUUGCUCCGCUGUUGAUCAGCGGUGAUGCGCUCACCUACCCGAUGGACUGCAGCGACAUCCACAAACAAAACCAGAGCAAACCCAGUGGAGUGUACACCAUCUAUCCUGUUGGAGGAAGGUCUGCUGUCCAGGUGUACUGUGACAUGGAGUCAGUUGGAGGAGGGUGGACGGUGUUCCAGAGGAGGAUGGACGGCUCAGUGAACUUCUACAGGCCCUGGGACCAGUACAAGUUCGGCUUUGGUAGCGCUACUGGAGAGUACUGGCUCGGUCUUAAAAACAUCCACUCCCUGACAAAUGAGAGAAAAAACGAGCUGCUGGUCGACAUGGAGGACUUUGAUGGAAAGAAAGUGUUUGCUCGGUACUCCUCGUUCUCUGUUGGUACAGAAUGUGACGGAUACAAACUGCAAGUGUCUGGAUUCAUCGAUGGAGGGGCGGGAGACUCCCUGAGUUAUCACAAUGAACAGAAGUUCUCCACCUUCGACAAAGACCAGGACUCUUCAAGCUCCAACUGUCCCAAAAUACGUCUGGGGGCGUUCUGGUACAAGAGCUGUCACUAUGCAAACCCCAACGGUGUUUAUCGCUGGGGGGCUGAUGACAGUAUAGAUUAUCUUGGAGUGGAAUGGUACUACUGGAAGGGCUGGAACUACUCCCUGAAGGCCAUCAGCAUGAAGAUCCGUCCUGUGCAGUAAAUCUCCAGGACCAGCAGAAUAUCAGAUGUUGAUCUCUUUCUCUCUUUUCUCUCAUCUCUGGUGUAAUCUCACAUAAUCAGUAGAAUCAAACAGACACAUAGACUCUGAUCAGAUGCUAAUAGCUGCAUUAACUUCCAACAGUUUGUUAAAACAUGAAUCAAUAGUUGACAUAAACAUUUCCAGCUUAGAUAAAGUCAGAGUUUGACUGUGUGUGUGAGCAGCUGCUGUGUGUAAAGUCUUGUGUCAAACAGCUGUUGGUGUAGAGAAGUGAUUGGACCGGUGGCUCUCCUAUACUACUCAGUUUCAACACAACCUUUGGUGGAGGUUUGAACCCUGAUGUGAAUCAUUAUCUGCUGGACAAUGACAAUAAAUCAGAAGCAAAGCAAAAACAUGAA